UUGAAGACUAAAGCAACAAACAACAUGAAGUGCUUGGUUGUCCUCGUCGCCGUCCUGGCCAUCGUCUCCGCCGCCCCCGAACGCGAACGCCGUUCCCUCGGCUGGGGACACAAUGGAGCCGUAGUUCUAGGUGGUUUGGUACCUGGACUAGCUCUUGCUGGACACGUGGCUCCUUCAGCUGCAGUCAUCGGGCCCGUAGCUGGAUCUGCAGCCGUUGUUGGGCCUUCUGGGGGCUCCGCCGCCGUUGUUGGACCAGCUGCUGCUUCUGCUGCCGUCGUGGGACCGGCUGCUGGAUCCACCGUGGUGUCAGGUCCCGCGGGAGCAAUCGUUGUGCCUGGCCACAAUGUCCUAGGACACUGGUAGAUCGCAACCACCCCGGAUUCGACCCCAUAGCUCAAGGCAACUCGAACCAACUCCCUCGUCAAUCUACUUCGAGCGGAAUCUCGUCGACUACCAUUUUCGAGACUUCGAUCAAAGCUGACCGUUGUUUGGAACGAAAGACCCUAUAGAUUCAACAAUGAAAUAGUUCGACCUUUUUUUCUAUUAUAUACCGUAGACUCUUCGAGCGAAACUCUUUCAUGAGUUUCUUCCUUUUGUAAUUAGCUGUACCAUUGUUACUCUUGUAUCGUAAUAAAUGAAUCUCCAUCUUGUACUCCAUUAUGUCUGCUUUACUUUAGAAUUGAUCGACUUAAUCUUAACAGCCAAGCUUGCUGAUUGGCUUGGUUAAUUCAAGUUUACAGUGAAUGAUCAAAUUAUUAAAGCCAUAAUAUGAAAAAUGGGUUUUUCGUGUUUAUGUAGAAAUAGAGCCACUUUUUAAGGUUUUUAUAUUGUGUAACUUUUAAUUAAUGAUUCUUCACUAUUAAUAUACAAAAAAUACUUAUAAAA